AUGCUGGGGAUCGAGACGCGUGGCUGCAUCCUCGGUGCGCCGCUCGCGCUGCUGUUGGGUCUCCCGUUCGUGCCGGUGCGGCGCGACGACAUCAGCGAGAACACCUUCGUCACGGAGGGGGACAGCAAGCUACCCGCGGUGCCGAUCGCGGUGCGCCAUAGCAGCAUCAGCGCCGCGUCGCGCGUCGUCAUUGUGGACGAGUUCAUUUCAUCCAGCCGCACGAUGGACUCGGCGAUGGACUGCGCUGUGGUCGCGGGGCUCACCGUAGUGAAGACGGUAGCGGUGUGCGACAUGUCCGCCAGCGGCGGCGUGGACUAUAUCCACAGGGAGAAGCGGAUGAAGAACGCUAAUGUGGUGACGCUGUUCCGACUGCGUAGCUGCACGGGCGCCCUUUUCCUACAGAUGCUACGUCAAGUCGCGCAUAUGCGCACCUCCCGCUCCCCUCUCUUCUCCCUCGCGCCGGUAUUGAAGCUCUCUAUCGACGGCUUGUUCGUGUGCACGUGGCCAUGUGUGCCUGUCUUUCCCAGGCAUUUUAUUGUUGCUUCUCUGCGCUUUGCUCGCCCCCCACCCUCCUUGCGAUACGCCUUCCUGUCUCCAUCAACGUGCGGAUACCUGUGCGCGGCACCCUCCCUCUCCUUCUUACCCCUGUAG